GGACUAUCUUAUUUUAUACCAACGUCUUCCUUUGUCAUGUUAACCUUUUUAGAACCUGUCACUUUCCUAUGAUUCUGAAAUUUGGGAGAAAUAAUAAUUCAAACCCAGUAGUGUUGGAGACACCAAUUGAGAUUUAACAAUGAGAUUGAUUUUUAUAUAAAAGAGGAAAGGGUCUUAACUCUUAAGUCUAACAAUGUGCAGUUCAUUCAUUCCCACCCUUAUUCCCAACAUACCUGCCUCUGCCUUUCACACAAGUUUAAUCAGUACAAAGCGGAACAUUUCCAAAUUCAUUUCACCUGGAAAAAGGGAUAGAUUGAAUUCAAUGAAGGAUUGACAAGAUUUUAUUAUUGAAGAUUCUAAGCAAACUAUGACUGUUGCACUGAUAAUGAUAUGUGAUCCGGUGGGUUUGAACUUUUAUGCUGUGUCUGUGACUAGGAGGGACAUUUAGAAAAAUGGGUUUUCCUUUCCAAACAAUUUAAUAUGCAUCUGGAACUCACAGGUUUAACUAUUCCUUUCACCUAAAAGAAAAGACCCUCUUUAUAGCUUUCAACACUCACUACUUUUUUUUUUCCUUCCCUUGUUCCCUCCUUUUCCCACAUGACUUCUUAUGGUUUAGAUUGCUUGAAUCAUGUGCUCUGUUCCAUCUUAUUGCAGAUAUAAGCUGGUGACUGAAACCAAAGCAUUUCCUUUUCUCUGAGCGCUAUGGCUUCUUGUGCAUCAAAAUCUGUAAGAGACUGCUACAAUUUCAGAUUUCUUGAUGAUCUUGAAUUGCCAAAGUUCAAACUAGACAAAGAACGUUAUAUAUUCAAGCUUACCUCCAUGAUGGAUAGGAAAAUUGCACCCAACCUCAGAUCCAAGAAGCCUGAAAACAACAAAACAGGAAGAACUUUGCGAGUAAAAGAACUUUCAAGAGUAUUUUCUGAGGAUUAUGAGGUAGUGGAGAAGUUGGUAUUGGAUCCACGAGGACCGGUUGUGAGCAAAUGGAACAAAAUUUUCUUAGUAGCAUGUUUGGUCUCUCUGUUUGUUGAUCCUUUGUUCUUUUUCCUGCCAACUGUGAGGAAAAAUUAUUGCAUUGGUAUAUCCUUACCCCUUGAAUCUUCUCUCACAGUCAUUAGGUCACUAGUGGAUGCAUUUUACAUAGUUCAGAUUUUCAUUCGGUUUAGAACAGCUUAUGUUGCUCCUUCCUCUAGAGUAUUUGGUAGAGGAGAGCUUGUUAUUGACCCCAGAAAGAUUUCUUCAAGGUACCUUCGCAGACAUUUUUGGCCUGAUCUUGUGGCUGCGCUGCCCGUUCCACAGGUGAUAAUUUGGGCAGCAAUUCCAUAUCUGAGAGGUUCAAGAUUGAUUAAUUCGAGAAAUAUUCUUCGGCUCACCAUCAUUUUACAGUAUCUCUUGCGCCUUUAUAUUAUUUUUCCACUUUCGUCUCAAAUUGUCAAGGCCACCGGGGUUGUGACAGAAACAGCAUGGGCUGGAGCAGCAUAUAAUCUUAUGCUCUACAUGAUGGCAAGCCAUGUUUUGGGGUCCUGUUGGUAUCUCUUAGCAACGGAGCGUCAAGAACAAUGUUGGACUCAUGUUUGUAGUCUUGAAUAUCCAAAGUGCCGAAAUUGGUAUUUCGAUUGCCGCAUUGCCAAUCACAACGACAGAGUUGAGUGGUUCAAGGAAAGCAAUAUCUCAAGGCAUUGUGUCUUGGGUAGUCAAUUAUUCGAUUAUGGUAUCUACGGCGAGGCUUUAAAAUUUGGAGUUCUGUCAUCAGACUUCUUCAACAAGUAUUUCUAUUGCCUUUGGUGGGGACUAAAAAAUCUAAGCUCUCUGGGACAGAAUCUUCUUACAAGCACUAUUGUUGGAGAAAUUACUUUUGCCAUUAUCGUUGCCAUUUUAGGAUUGGUCCUCUUCUCACUGCUCAUUGGGAAUAUGCAAACAUACCUUCAAUCAACAACCGUGAGACUGGAAGAAUGGAGGAUCAGGAGAACCGAUACAGAACAAUGGAUGCGUCACAGGCAGUUACCACAUGAACUAAAGCAGAAUGUUCGAAGAUACGAUCAGUACCGAUGGAUCGCAACCAGGGGAGUUGACGAAGAAGCCAUUCUCAAAGACCUCCCGGUCGAUCUCCGUCGAGAUAUCAAGCGCCACCUCUGUCUCGAUCUAGUUCGACAAGUUCCACUUUUCGAUCAAAUGGACGAGAAGACGCUUGACGCGAUCUGCGAAAGGCUUAAACCCACACUUAGCACCGCCGGAACAUGCCUGGUCCGAGAAGGCGAUCCUGUCAACGAAAUGCUCUUCAUUAUCCGAGGCCACUUGGAUUCGUGCACCACAAACGGUGGCCGUACCGGGUUCUUCAACUCAUGCCGGAUCGGUCCCGGCGAGUUCUGCGGCGAGGAGCUACUGACGUGGGCGCUUGAUCCUCGUCCCGGCGUGGUGCUCCCGUCGUCUACGCGUACCGUGAAAGCCAUUGCACAAGUCGAGGCCUUCGCUCUGAUCGCUGAGGAUCUGAAAUUCGUGGCGGCUCAGUUCCGGCGACUCCACAGCAAACAGAUUAGGCAAACGUUUAGGUUCCACUCCCCUCAAUGGCGAACAUGGGCGGCUUGCUUCGUACAAGCGGCGUGGUUUCGGUACAAGAGAAGGAAGGAAGCUUCGGAGCUGAAGAAGAUGGAGAGUUUCAACUCAUCAUCAUCAUCGUUGCCAUCGUCGGAGGAUCGAUCGCUAUCGGAGGAGAGAUCCGGUCCGGCAAGCUCAGGAGUAGGGUUAGGAUUUGCAUAUAAGGGAAAACUGAGUGGAAGCAUUAGAAGCGGGAGCAAGAGGUUAGGAACCGAGUUUGAGAUUCUCAGCUCGUUGAAGAAGCCAGCUGAGCCCGAUUUUACCGUUGAAGACGAUAGAAGAACUUGACAGAAUUAUUUGGCGCCAAAUAGUUAUUAUUUGUUUUUUUGGGUAAAUUUUUUUGAUAAUAAAAAUAAAAUUAGAGUGAAAA